CAUUUUGGAAAAAAAUGUCAAGAGACAAAAAUGUUCAGGACACAUUUCUCUAUCUGCUCUGAUAAUUUGAGAAAAAUCUGUGACAGUGCAUUGAGCAACUUCGUUCGUCUCUAUCGUGCACUGCCUCUUAUAGAAACAUGCCCUCCUUCUCUUUCGAAUGGCGAAAACCAGAACUCUCUAGUUGCUCUAUCAAAAGUUAUUUCAAAAAUAGCUAUAUGUGUACUGGUUUUGGGGUUUGGAUAGUAGAAAUCAAUAUAUAUAUUUCUAUGCACUUGUUUUUAGUAUUAUGAACAUGCGCUACGUUUUUCAUUUGAACAUUUCCAAACAUGGUACAAUUUUGGAUUAGCUCUCAUCUCAUCGAAUCAAGUACGAACAUCAAUAUAUUACUUUUCUCACGUUUUUUAUAAUUCUUUUAUUAUUUUGUAGCCAUUUCGCGCAUAUUUAGUGUUUAAAGAAUGUUUACGAAUGCAACCGGAAAAUAUUCAAGUUUAUUUGCAAGUAGCAAAAAUUAUGUUAGAAAAUAUUUAUGAUUUACCAUCGCUAUUUGAAACUCUACCAUCGAGUGCUAGAGAUGCCGCUCCAACAACAGCUUCAAAUAUGAUUCAACAUGAACAACGACCACCCUUCCUCGACUUAGUUGAUGAAGCUAUUUCAUAUUGUGAACGCGCAAGAGAAAUUCGUCAGCCUAGUCAUCCACGUGCUCUACUUUUACUCGCUGUUGCCUAUUCAUUUAAAGCAAGACAAACAUCAAUACAUACCGAUAGACAAGCGCUAUUUCAAGCAGCAAUCAAUGAAUUACGAGAAGCAAUUCGUCUCGAUCCAUAUGAUUCAAUAGCUUAUUUUCAUUUAGCACACAAUUUAGCAUUUUUGAAUGAUGUUCGUGAAGCAAUUAGUGCUAUCGAAACAAGUCUUCGUUUACAACCCGAUGAUAAAUAUUCUUUGCAUCUCUAUACAAUUUUAUUAACAUCCAAUAAACAAAUGAUACAAGCAUAUACACAGAUUUAUAAAGCAACGAACGAAUUUCCAGAUAUUAGUUUAUUAUUAACAAAGGCAGCCGUUGAAGAUCAGUUAUACGGUAGUGAACAAUCAAUUUUAACAUGCAAAGAAGCAUUAAUUGUGUGGAAGAAUGAUUUUGAACCAGUUAUGAAUAAACAAUCGUCAAGCAGGUUAGUAGAUAUAAUAUGACAAAAAAACAAUAACCGUUCAUUCAAAAAAUAAUUGAGUUAGAAGUAAGAGUAGUGUUUUAAAUUAACCAUACCUUCCAAGGGACAUUGAUGCGAUAGGUUUAUAAAAAGAAUGGAUCAUCGGCCCAAAAAACAAUUCUUUUUCUAAUUUAAGAUAAUAAAUAACCUAAUAUUUGAUUGAAAUAAAAGGAAAACUUUUCAUUUCAGUGCAGCGGACAUUUCAGUUAAAGCUAUAAUAAAAGUGCCUUCGAAUGUAAAGGGUUAAACUAUGUCUGUUGUUUUUAUACUCAUAAACAUCAGUUAAGAAUGGUGUAACAUCCAAGAACAUUACAAUGUAAAUGUCAACAAAAUUUUUGAAUGUUCUGUCAAAUAUGGAUCUUAAGAAUUGUCGUCUUAUACAUGAAUGAAAGAAAGGAAGAAAAGGAUGUUAUUUUGUAGAUAAAUCGGCGGUAGAAUAAAGAUAGUUAGUAUUUUUCCAGCGAGAUGUGUGGACAAAGUGUCUAAAGACGAAUGGACGAAUCGCAAUUUUUAAGCGUAAAAAUGAUGCAACAAUUCGUGUUUUACUCUUGUUUUGCGAAUUCGUACGAAUUGAUGCGAACUGUAUCGAAUUCGUACGGAUACUCUUAAAAACUUUUAUGAUUUCUUCUUGCGAAGUCGUAAACAGAGAAUAGAUCAAACACGAUGCUGAUCAAUUCGCAAAUAAUUCGUAAAAUUAGUUUACGAA